AUGACCAGGUCACCGACCCUGCCGGAACGUGAAAGUGGCCUGCGUCGUAUCAGGCAAUCCCACGCUCGUCAACCCACCUCUCCCCAACUGCAGACAUCGCGCUCGCCCUCGCUGAACCUGAAUCUACCCUCGCAGCCAUUGCCCGCCUCGUUGCCCUCGGGCCCUUCAUCACCGACCCUGCCCUUUGGCGAGGACCUCAGUAGAUUCCCAUCCGAGUCGUUACAUUCCUUCUCUUUCGCCCACCAGUCCGAGACAUCGCUACAUAACCGCCAGAUGAUACUUAAGAGGUCGGUGGACUUUCUCAAAGACAGGCCGGGGUGGGGCGCUGCAAAUCCCGCCAUCCUGAACGCCCAAGCAAAAAUCACCGGAGACCAAGAAGCCCAGAGCAUGAUGGAAUUGCUCCAGCGUGCAAACUUGCUAGGUCCCGACAACAACUCAUUGCAAGCACCGGGUCUGGGCAUCAUAGGAGCUCCUCUGAGCGGUCCCGCCGAUCCGUCGGCUGACAACAUCUUUGAAAAGAGCUUUGCUCCUUUGAGCGAGAGCCCAAAGGACUUUGAAGACGGACUGGUCAUGUCGCCCACAUCGCCAAAGUCCUUCAAAUCGGGCAAAUCGUCGGAAGAGAGGGAUUCACUACACCCCGAGCCGAAGCGCAUCUCGUUGAAGCGUACCUACACGGAUACGAGCGGCCUGAGUCUGCAACACCGUCUCGCAGAUGCUCUAGCAAAGCCGUAUCACGCUGCCGAUGUGCCUCGCCGUGCAGAGGCUCUCACUCCCAGCCAUGUGCCCUCAGCACUGCACACGUCCAAAUCGACAACUUCGCUACCCGUCGCUGGUUCCGCUUCUCAUGGCCACGGUCACGGUCAUGGCAGACAAUCUGCUGCCGCCCAGGCCAUUUUCACUACGGAUGCUCGCGCUCCUUGGACCAUCACAGCUGCGAACGAUCUGGCAUGCCUGGUUUUUGGCGUUACACGCGCCGAGGUGCGUAAAAUGGGUAUCAUGGAGGUCAUCCGUCCAGAGCGUCGCAAGUGGCUCGAGAAUAAAUUGAGACAUCCCGAUUCAGAUCUCUACAACCAGAACAACAAGUCUCCCAACCACAGCCCUUCAUCAUCAGCUCUGGCAAAAGGUAGCGGUGUGACUGCCAAGCUCCUGAGCAAACCUCCUGCACGCCAAACUUAUCAGAGCAGGCGUUCCAAAACAGUCAAUGGCAUCGACUCGGCUUCGACCACUCGUCGUGCUGUCUCUAAUCCAUCGCAGAAAUCACGUGGUGUGCUCUUGUGUGGAGAUGUCGUCCCCAUUCAGAAGCGCAACGGUGAUAUCGGUUCGGCCAGUCUUUGGGUCAAAGAGAAACAGAGCGGCCUGAUCUGGGUGCUUGAAGAGAUUGCCGAGGAUGUCGCGUAUAUCACUGUGGACGAGAUUGGCUGCAUCGAGAAGGGUGCCGGCGCCUUGGAUGCCAUCUGGGGUCUUGAAAGAGUGCGCAGAGGCACAGAUAUUAGGAAACUGGUCCCUGAACUACCAAAAUUGGCAGGCACAAAUACUGGUAUGCUGGAUUUCGAUCAAAUUGCCUCGCUACGCCGUUACACUGCUCGCACCGCAAACAGCAUCAGUGUUCCUGUCACCGUCGAUCAACUCUCUGGCCAACCGACUCUCCGCAUCUCUAGCUUCCCUCAUAUCGCUGGCAUUCUUGUUCUCAACCCGGACACGUUAAAGAUUGCCAGCUCGAACAACGUCUUCUCCGCUUCUCUCUUUGGCCACGACAGCCCCGAUGGCCUCCCUAUCACUGAGCUGAUACCAUACUUCGAUAGCAUACUUCACCUACUGACCGAUGAGGACAAGAUUCGUUUGGUUGAUGGUCUUGUCAUUCCAGAGCACAGUUUCAGAAAAGCUCGCGCCCUUCUUGCUCUCCGCGAAGGCCGUGCAGAUGCCGCCUCCAUUUUCCUCAAGCCCAGUGGCCUACCUGCCAAACAUAGAGACGGUUCUGACAUUAUGAUUGAUGUUCAGAUGCGUGUUGUGAAGAGUGACCGCCACAGCUUUGACAGCAUCCCGGAACACAACCGCAUAGACCCUGACUCGUUGCCUGCAUCUGAAGUUGUCUAUGCUUUGUGGAUUACAUAUUCGAGACAACUACACGCUGUCAACCAUGGCGUCGGUCCCGUCAUCAAUGUGGCCUCAAGACCAGUCACUCCCCCAAGUCAGCCUGCGCCCAGUGCAGAUCAGGACAGCGAAGACUCGAACAGCGAUAAGGGUGGCGAGAAUAAUAAAAAGGCCGACACCCCUUCGCUCAUAACUCAGCAGCUGCAACAUUCGCCGACUCAAUCACUUUCAUCUGGCACGCCAUUGCUCACAAGUGAGCCCUUCGAACACCCUUCGCCCGCUGCCAUUGAAGCUGGCGCAACUGUCAUCAAGAAGAAGACCAUCGCUGAUUUCCUCAUCCUGGAGGAGAUGGGUCAAGGAGCAUAUGGCCAGGUCAAACUCGCGAGAUACAAGAAGGCCAAUGCACAAAAGAUGUGUAUCAAAUACGUCACCAAAAGACGCAUUCUGGUCGACACAUGGACUAGGGACCGACGUCUCGGCACGGUACCGUUGGAAAUUCACGUUCUGGACUACUUGCGACGAGAUGACCUGCAACACCCAAACAUUGUCGAGAUGGCCGACUUCUUUGAAGACGACAUCAAUUACUACAUUGAAAUGAUUCCGCAUGGUCUGCCGGGCAUGGACUUGUUUGACUACAUUGAACUUCGUGUGAACAUGGAGGAGAAGGAAUGCAGAAAAAUCUUCGUCCAGGUCGCCAAUGCUCUGCACCACCUACAUAUUAAGGCCAAGGUUGUGCAUCGAGACAUCAAGGACGAGAAUGUCAUCCUCGAUGGCGAUGGUGCAGUCAAGCUUGUCGACUUUGGCAGUGCAGCAUACAUCAAGUCUGGACCCUUUGAUGUGUUCGUCGGAACUAUCGACUAUGCGGCGCCUGAAGUGUUGCGCGGCAGCCCUUACCGAGGCAAAGAGCAGGACGUGUGGGCUCUCGGUAUUCUGCUCUACACUAUCGUGUACAAGGAGAACCCAUUCUACAGUAUUGACGAGAUCAUGGACCACGACCUACGAGUACCAUAUGUCAUGAGCGAGGACUGCAUCGACCUGAUUCGCAAGAUGCUGGACCGUGAUGUCGAGAGACGUAUCGGCAUCCAGGCCGUUCUCGACCACCCAUGGUGCACACACGUCGACCCUGAGGAUGAUUGA